UUUUUCCACGAGAUAAUUAUAAUUAAAAUAACAUGCGGUUCAAAGAGAAUACUGCGAUUUUCGAUGAUAAAUGUAGCAGUUUCGCUGGAAAAGUGGAAAUAAAAAAUCUACUGUAGGCUCAACUUUGUCUGAGAAUAAUUUUCAAAAGAACAGAUUUAUCACAAAAUAAUAGGAGAUCUUUCUUAUAUACUAUUCGCUUUCCUAUAACAACCUGUCGUUGAAAUUAUUGUACAUUUCCCCGUUCGUGAGUAGCAAAAUUGAAAUGACGCCAGUGAUGUGUUUCCCGGAUUAUUAAAGUUAGAGAAAGAAAAUCACGAUGAGUGACCUCAAAAAAUUUUUUGAAUGAUUGAAAUUUGGACAAGCGUCAUAUUUUAUAAUACUGAAACGAUGGAUGGACGUUCUUGGGGAAAACAAAGAAAUUUGUGACUCUCUACUGUGACCCAAAAUUUUGAAUUUUUUUUUUUUUUUAGGUUGAAGGACUCAGAAUUUACAAAACAUGGCAAAACGCGGACAAGAUGUACGGUUUGAGUAGAACGAGUUCAGUAUAGAGUAGCUUUUUCCAAUACGAUAAUGACGGAGUUGAAGAAUAUACUCGCUUAUUAUUGUUCCACAGCAUAUAGAAAACCAGAACAAACGAAUUUGCCGACCAUCGUCACGCUUAUCUCAAUUUCUCGUCGGUGAGGACUACCCUCCAACAACCGAUGAGAGUUCGGAUAAAGAUGGUCGGCUAUUCACUGGUUUAUAUGAAAGCGUCGAUGAGUCCAUGAGCAGAGUGGCCGCGGCAAUAUCAAGUUGCCCGAGACUGGGUGGAACUAAUCCACUAAAUCCGACGGAGGGAUGCGAGGAUUUCGCAACGGACUCAGGGCAUCGUCCCAAUGAAAAAACUCGUGAAACAAAUGAUGACGAAACUCUGCGCCGAUAUGAUGACCAAGAUGACACGGACUUCGGGGCUCACCGCGAGCCCCGAUUGACAAAUUUGAAUUAUGACCGAGGCUAUCCUCAACGAUAUAAUGACAACGGCUACCAACGCCCGCUUGACAGAAAUGUAGAGUUUCGGCAGCCCUCCCGUCAUUUAGACACAGACAUUAUUCUGUCAAGGAUGGAGGCCAUACACCGAGAUCUAUCAAAGCAGAUAAGCAAUAUGGAGCGCACCGUAAUGAACAAAAUCACAGCGCUAGAAGGACGGUUCGAGAAAUAUGAACACCUCCAACGCAGCCGGAACAUCGUCGAGUAUCCACAAAAACCGCGGUGCCUUCCGGUCCGCGGAGUUCGAGAGCUCGAGGCGUUGGAGGGGUUCACGAAAGAAAACAAAGACCAAAUAAUUCAGUAUUUAGGCAGCCUGAGCUCUGGCUCGAUACAUGAGAGGGCUCACCUUAUUAUUAAAGAAGCAAUAUCUGACGAGUUCUCGACGGUUGUAACCGUCCAGGGGGGUGCGCGGAACUCGUGCCGAUUGGAGGGCACGGCUUUGUAUAAAGCAAUGUACGUUGCCGUAUGUAAAAACAUACCGCCCGAUGAUCGGCCGUCUCGGCGCACCUUCAUUGACGCGUUAACUGCGGCGCUGAGGGCUUCAAAGCAACGGCACCGCAGAACCGUCGGGAACGAUAAAACCGACCACCAGCAGCCAGAGCUUGCAAUUUAAUUUACUCAUUGUUUUUUAAAUUAAUAUGUUUAAGUUUUUUUUGUAAUUAAAGUCCUUUCACGAACCCGAACCCUCUGUAAAAAAUUGAUUUUAAUUUAUUAGAGU